AUGUCGCUUGUCUCCAAAGCCAUUUGGGCUGCGUCUCCGACCACCACCCGCGGACAACCCACACCGCUCUCUUCCGACCCCAAGGGUGAGCGUAUCGCAUACGCGUCCAACAAGUCCAUCUUUCUCCGAUCGAUCGAUGAUCCUUCCUUGAGCAAACAAUACACCCAGCAUACCGCCCAAACAACGGUUGCUCGCUUCUCCCCCUCGGGCUUCUAUGUGGCCAGCGGAGACGCCUCUGGUACCGUUCGAGUAUGGGAUGCCGUGGGCGAGGGCGCAACCAAGGGAGAAUAUCAUAUCAUUGCAGGACGCAUCAAUGACCUUGCUUGGGACGGUGACUCGCAACGCAUCAUCGCUGUAGGAGAUGGGAAAGAGCGCUUUGGACACUGCAUCACUGCCGAUAGCGGUAACAGCGUUGGUGAAAUAUCGGGUCACUCCUCACAGAUCAAUACCGUCUCUAUCCGUCAGCAACGACCUCUACGCGCAGCUACAGGCUCCGACGACACCAGUCUGGUUUUCUACCAUGGGGCGCCGUUCAAGUUCAACACCAGUCUGAGGGGACAACAUAAUCGAUUCGUCUUCGGCACUGCAUUUGCGCCAGAUGGUUCGGUAUUUGCUAGUGUCGGUGCUGAUAAGAAGAUCUGGCUGUAUGAUGGCAGGACCGGCGAAGCGAAAGGACAGAUCGGUGAAGGGGUCCAUACGGGCAGUAUCUUUGGAAUAUCAUGGAAUAAAGACUCAAAGCGCUUUGUCACCGCUAGUGCAGACCAAACAGUCCGUAUUUGGGACCCCGAGGCAGGCAAAGCGAUUCAGACAUGGCGUAUGGGCGACGAAGGCACACCCAGCAUACCCGACCAACAGGUGGGUGUUGUUUGGCCGACGGGUCGUAGCGAUGGUUUGGUCAUCAGUGUUGACCUAGAGGGAAAUCUGAAUUAUUUGGUGGAAGAAAAUGACAAGCCUACGCGCGUCGUCCGUGGUCAUCAGAAAAAUAUAACAGCUGCAGGGGUUUCUGGCUCGACCUUUUUCACAGGCAGUUACGAAGGUCGCGUCCUUGGCUGGGACACUCUUGCUGGCGUAGCAGAGAAGAUAGACGGUGACUCCCACACCAACUAUGUCGCGGGCUUCACAGCUUCCGAGAACAAGACCGAGCCCGAGGUUUUUAGUGUUGGCUGGGACGACACUCUGCGGUCUGUCUCAGUUCCAAACAAAAUAUUUACCGGAGCCGCCAGUUCGCUCAAUUUCCAACCCAAAGGAAUCGCUACAACAUCAGGUCUCGUGCUUGUGGUAUCAUCGGAUGCGAUCGCAAUCUACAAGGAUGGAUCGAAAGAAGGCUCCCUGUCAGUCAAGUAUGCCCCUACGAGCAUAGCCGCAUCUGGAUCUGUUGUGGCCGUAGGUGGUGACGACAAGCUGGUCCAUAUCUACACACUCUCGGGUACGGCCCUUGAAGAGACUGGUAUUGAACUUCGACGAGCAACCUCUCCAAUCUCUGCGCUCUCGUUCUCCGCUGGUGGUGACAAACUAGCGGUUGGUGCGACAAACGGGAAGAUUUACGCUUUUGAAAACGCCGGCGAAUGGAAACUCAUCACGGACCGAUGGAGCGCGCAUACAGCAAGAAUUACGUGUUUAGCAUGGGACGAUAGAGCAGAGCUUGCAGCGAGCGGUAGUUUGGACACCAAUGUCAUGGUGUGGAGUGUCAGCGAUCCAGGCAAACGCAUCAAGGCUCUGAACGCCCACAAAGACGGGGUCAGUGGAGUCGCAUGGCAGGCAGGCAGGGUCCUCUCCACAGGCGGAGAUGCCAGUGUGAAAGUCUGGGACGUGGAGGGCUAG